AUGGGUGUUGGAGUUUUACUUAUUGUUUGCUGCGAGACUACUACUCUACUCGUCGUCACCCACUGACAGAGAGGUCAAGUUCAACGCUGCAAGUACCCCACCGCACCUGCCCACACACCCUGCUUACAACCCGGCACCGCGUCUUUUUACGAAAAAGAUCUGUUAAUAAUUUUAACAGAUAUGUUUAAACUAACAAUAGCUAUGCACUUUGAUACUGAGUGGACCAUGGCCCCAAAAAGGAAAAGCUCCAAAAAAGACGCGUAUUUAAACGAGGUUUUCAAACAGUUCGUGUCUGUAAAAAAUGAUGACGUCAAGCGAUCGCAAAAAGUGUUCAUGAGUGUUUUUAGAGCAGUCAAACAGCAAAUGUGUAAGCAAUGUAACUGUUUCGAAAAAUGUAGCAGAGAGGUGAUUUACGCUGGCAGCGUUUACGAUGGCUGCAAGAUAACCAAAAUGGACGAAUUCGAUAUGGAUAUUGUGAUUCGUCUUCCAAUCAACUAUGAGGACGGAGAAAAUGGCAUCAUCAUUGAAAAUGAACAGCCCGGCUACGUCAAACUAAAGAUCACAAAUGCAUUUGAUAGUUUAAAAAAUCAGAAGGAAUGGGAGAGCUGUUACAAAGUGAUGAGAGAAUGGACAGACUCUGAGAAUUACUUCCUACAGAGUAAAUUUCGGAGUUGGGUGCAUGGUAUUAUACAGAGGGCGCUAAACGCAAUGGGGGGUGAAGUAACGGUAAAUGGCGUUGUCUACUUGCUGAGUUACAGAGAGGGUGGACCGGCGUACACGUUGAAAGUUAGAAAUGUCAAAGGCAACGAACAGUUUAAACUAGAUGUGGACAUCGUGCCCGUCAUCAAGUUUAUGUUCCCGCGAGCACCGGAUGGUUACAGGUCGAUUACAGGAAUGCAAUUCAAGUCUAAAAAUUGGUUGGUUGUACCAAAACCAAAUAAAACAAUGAGUGAAACGUUGAAGAGCCGUUGCUGGCGCCUCUCCUUCCACGAACAGGAAAGGGAAAUUAUCAAAGACUGCAAGUCUAUGAAGACCACUUUUAGAUUGGUAAAAAAAUUGCGAGACGCUCUCGAAAUGACAGAUAUCGCCAGCUACUACAUAAAAACUUUAUUCCUGUGGAAAGUUUACGAAAAGGAAAACAAUGAAACAUAUUGGAACUCCAAAGUUAGUGUUCUUUUCUCAACGAUGGUGGGAGAAUUGUGUUCCGCUAUAGAGAAUAAGAAUAUUGCAUUUUUCUGGAAUAGUAGUCAGAAUUUAAUCGAAGGAUUGAAGGAAACCGUUCAGCAGAGCUAUGUUGGUAAACUAAAGAUUGUGCUGGCCAGUAUCACAGCGAAUGAUCCAGAUAAACUGGUCACUUAUCUCUUGACGAAAGAUGAGCUAGAAGAGUUUAAGGAAUCAGACUUUUAUCAAAAGCAUAAUAUGCUACCGAAUUCCACGAUGCAGUUGGCGUCUGCAAGACAUGGCUCUCAUGCGUCUGAACUGUCUGAGCAGGUGAAAGCUUUGCGAAAGGAAAAUGACAAAAAAGAUAAGAAAAUUGCCGAGUUAGAAGCUAAAAUAAACGACCUAGUCAACAGAGUUGGUAGACUUGAACAAAAUGAACGAUGGCGACGUUCAAGCCGGUAG